GUCUUGCUUGGAUAGUUACCUAUGAUGUGGGAUGUUGUAAUUAUUCUAUUUCUUUUGAAAUGAGAGGAAAAUUUACGAAUUUGUAUUUUGCUACACUCCAGUAAAACACAUUAAACUGUAUCGCAUAUAGUAGGCUUUAAUUGUAAUAAGGUAUCCACAGAUAAUAAAGCACUAGUGUAUACUUCAACCCAAAAAAGGAGGUUAAGAAGGAAAAGGUUACAAGCAUCUAAGUGUAUAAUAAAAAGGAACACAGAUAUUAAUAUCAUUAACACAACAACACUUGAAACUGUUUCUUCAAAUUACGAACUGAAUGGAGUAUUGACAAAUAUAGAUCCAGAAAUUAAAACUUUAAGUCAAAGAAGUAAGACUGAAACUCUUGAGAAACAACCAAUUAAGAUAAAAAUGUCUUCCAAUGAUGAGAAAAAGUCUAGGGAUGAAGUUUUAGCUGCCAGAGAGGCAAAGAAGUUGUCUAAACAAAAAGCAAAAAAUAAGGGUGGUGUUGAAGUAAAAAAGGAAACCAUUGUAGAUACACAUAAAAGUGGGAUAGAGAAAGACAAUAAUUUUGUCAAUAAAAAUGAACUGGAACAGCAAAAAGUGACAAGUGUUAAUAAAUGUGAUGUUGAGCCAGCAACUUCUAAAGGAUCAACUAAAUGUAUAGAUGAAGUAGAUAGGGCUGCAAUAAAACCUGUAGAGGUUAAAUUAGAUGAAGCUAAAACAAAAGAUGAAAUCAAAGCAGAGAGAGCAGCAAAGAAAGCUGCAAAGCAAGCGAAAAAGAGAAAAGAUGAUAAGGGUGACGUAGCGCCGGUAGCUGCUGAAAUGACUGUCAAAGACGUUGUGGAGACAUUGAAAGAUAUUGCUAAUGUUGCUAGAGAAGUCCAAAAUGUUACAGCCAAGGUACAAGCAAUCAGUAUGGAACCAAAAAAGGUUCAAUCUGAAGACAGUGGUCAAAGUAAAGCUAAGCUAAGAGCAGAGAGGAGAGCCAAGCAAGAGGCACAGAGAGCAGCAAAACAGGCUACAGUACAACAGCAAGCAGUUCCAACACCUAAAGUAGAUCCUAAAAGUAAACAAGUUCAAAGUCCAGAAUCUCCUAAAGAAGAUAAGAUACCUAAAGCUAAAUCAGUUGAAAAAACUUUGACUAAAAAAAGUCAAAGUGUUAACAGAGUGAAUUGGUUUGAACAUUUACACAUGCAACAUGACAAAGAAUAUCUGACAAACAUCCCUAUCAAUUCAAAUCUUCAUCCUGCUAUCAUUAAAUUGGGUGUACAGUUAGCUACACGCGUUGUGUCUGGCUCAAACGCAAGAUGUAUCGCUCUACUUGAUGCAUUGAAGAAGAUGGUGCGCGAGUACUCGCUGCCGGCCCGCACGGAGUUCGGUCGCGGGCUGGAGGCGGCGCUGGGCGCGAGCCUGCAGUACCUGUGGCGGCUGCGGCAGCCCUCCGCCUCGCAGGAGAACGCCGUCAAGUUCCUCAGGCAUCACAUCACGCAGCUGCCAAACAACGUCGACGAAUUCGAUGCAAAGAAAACUCUACAGGAAGAGAUAGAUCGUUAUAUCAAAGAGCAGAUCGACAUGGCCGGCCAAGCCAUCAGCAUAGCCGUACGCGAGAAGAUCUCCGAUGGAGAUAAUAUACUCACAUAUGGAUGCUCGUCGCUGGUGGAGCGCAUCCUGCGCGAGGCGUGGGCGGGCGGCGUGCGGUUCCGCGCGGUGGUGGUGGGCGCGCGCGGCGGGGGCGGGGGGGGAGCGCGCAUGCUGCGCCGCCUGCGCGCCCACCGCGUGCCCUGCACCUACGCGGACAUCACCGCGCUCAGCUACGUCAUGAAACACGUGAACAAGGUGAUAGUGGGCGCGAGCGCGCUGCUCGUGAACGGGUGGGUGGUGGCGGGCGCGGGCACGGCGCAGGCGGCGCUGGCGGCGCGCGCGCGCAACGUGCCCGUGCUCGUCGCCUGCGAGACGCACAAGUUCUCCGAGCGCGUGCAGACCGACGCCUUCGUCUACAACGAGAUAGGGGAUCCUGACGAACUGAUCGACAAAUCGGAUAGCAAUUCCCCUCUCAAAGACUGGCGGUCGAACCCCAACUUGACGCCUUUGAACCUGACGUAUGACGUCACACCGCCCAGCCUUGUCACCGCUGUCGUCACCGAACUCGCCAUAUUGCCCUGCACCAGUGCUCCGGUCGUACUAAGAUUUAAACUUUCUGAAUAUGGAGUUUAAAUCUCUUUAAUUAAUACCUUCCUUUAGUUCAAAUGACACUUAAACACUUUAAUUAUUGGCUAGCGUUAAUUAUUAAUAUUUAAAAAUAUUACCCUUUUUCUCCCUAAAAGUCUUCGUUAGAAAAUAUACAGGUGAAACAUAACCUUCUCUAAUAGCUGAGCUACCACUCGGUACAGUUAGUUCCAACUGUUAUGGCGCAUGAUUUAUCUUCGCUAUCAAUUCUGAAGAACGAACGUACGUUUAAAAAUUAUAGCGAAUCUAAGGCGUAAAAUACAACUCAUUAGGUGUCCUUCUCUCUCACACUCGGGCAGACUUGGGGGAGUACAUAUCGGGGGAUCGUCUAAUGGCGUGAUAAUUGAAUCAUUCUGAUUGGUCGACGUUUGUCACGCUUCGAAAUUUAACACUGCGCAGGUACAUCUGUGAGUCACAUCAGUUGUAUCUUACUGUACAUAUAUUUAUAGUUUUGAAGCUAUCAAUCAUUUGAGUUUCAUUGUGGUACUGGAUUUUACAAAUUAAAUAGCCUUACCUAUGUAAUUAUAUUGAUACAUUUAAAAACUGUUAUGUGAAAAUUUUAUUUCGAUCUUUAUUAUAUUCAUGUAUUACGUUCCUAGUUGUCCAGUUAGGUACAGACAACAGCAUGUCAGUCAGUCGUCUGUACAAAACUGUCAAAUUCUUUACAUUAUUAUAAACCUUCAUUAUUUAUAGUUAGAAUUCAAAUCAAUUGAGAAAAUUUGAGCGUGACGUGCAGCUGUGUGUGUGCACAUAAAGCAAAUUUAUAUAGAUAUAUAUAAAAACAAACUAUUUACAUUAAUCCACACAAGUUACAAUCUUUAUUUCAAGUUUCAUGUAUAUAAGAUUUUUACGUGUAUAUUCUUGUACUACUUUCAAAACAAUAAAAUUACGUUUGAUCUUU